UUCCGGCCGCCCCGCUUUACUACCCACAAUGCUCUACAACCCCGACCUGUCGCAAACGCCGCGCUUCGGCGGCGAAUGAGUGACUUGCUUUCCGUGCGCUGCGGCGGCGACGGCGGUCCCGUCUUCUUCCUGUUGAGGUGCCAAAUUUCCCUUCAGCAUCCACCUGUCCUCAAGUCUGGCCGGUGCCACCUCUCUCCGCAAUGCCCCCCAAGAAACAGGCUCAGGCCGGGGGCAGCAAAAAGGCGGAGCAGAAAAAGAAGGAGAAGAUUAUUGAGGACAAAACUUUUGGUCUAAAGAACAAGAAAGGAGCAAAGCAACAGAAGUUUAUCAAGGCUGUCACUCAUCAAGUUAAAUUUGGUCAACAAAAUCCACGUCAGGUAGCACAAAGUGAAGCUGAAAAGAAAUUGAAGAAAGAUGACAAGAAGAAAGAAUUGCAGGAGCUAAAUGAGCUCUUCAAACCUGUUGUCGCGGCUCAAAAAAUAAGUAAAGGUGCAGACCCCAAGUCCGUGGUGUGUGCCUUCUUCAAGCAGGGCCAGUGCACGAAGGGCGACAAGUGCAAGUUUUCCCACGACCUGACUUUGGAGAGAAAAUGUGAAAAACGAAGUGUUUACAUUGAUGCAAGAGAUGAAGAACUUGAAAAAGAUACAAUGGAUAAUUGGGAUGAGAAAAAGCUCGAAGAAGUAGUGAACAAGAAGCACGGUGAGGCGGAAAAGAAAAAACCAAAAACUCAAAUAGUCUGCAAGCAUUUCCUUGAAGCUAUUGAAAAUAACAAGUAUGGCUGGUUUUGGGUAUGCCCUGGAGGGGGUGAUAAUUGUAUGUAUCGGCAUGCACUUCCUCCUGGAUUUGUGUUGAAAAAAGAUAAAAAGAAAGAAGAGAAAGAAGAUGAAAUUUCGUUAGAAGAUCUCAUUGAAAGAGAGCGUUCUGCUCUGGGCCCGAAUGUUACCAAAAUCACUCUAGAGUCUUUUCUUGCGUGGAAGAAAAGGAAAAGACAAGAAAAGAUUGACAAACUUGAGCAAGACAUGGAAAGAAGGAAAGCUGACUUCAAAGCGGGAAAGGCGCUGGUGAUCAGUGGCCGAGAGGUGUUUGAAUUCCGCCCUGAACUGGUCAAUGACGACGAUGAGGAAGCUGACGACACGCGCUACACUCAGGGAGCAGGUGGCGACGAGGUUGAUGAUUCCAUGAGCGUAAAUGACAUAGACCUAAGCCUGUACAUCCCAAGAGAUGUAGAUGAGACAGGCAUUACUGUAGCCAGUCUUGAAAGAUUCAGCAUAUACGCUCCAGAUAAGGACGAAAAUAAACUCAGCGAAGCUUCUGGAGGUCGGGCUGAAAAUGGCGAACGCAGUGACUUGGAGGAGGGCAGUGAAGCGGGUGGACCAGAAAACGGAGCCCUCGGAGCUGUUCCUGUGGACGAGAACCUUUUCACUGGGGAGGAUCUGGAUGAACUGGAAGAAGAACUAAACACACUCGAUCUAGAAGAAUGACACCAGACAUGUCAAGGAAGAGAUGAGUCGGCUCCGCUGGAGCUGAAAUUGACUGCACUCAUUUUUCACCUAGAAUCAACAGGAUGUUCGUUUCUCAUGAUUCUAGAGGGUUUGCUCUCCUCUGACACAGGAGUGUUCGCCCUCCCUGCGUCUUCUCCUCUGACUUUGGCUCCAUCUCAUAGUAAGUUCAUAGUAGUUCAUGAAAUAUUGAAAUAUAAAGGUCAUUGCAGAAAAUGAUUGUUGUACCUGUCCACUCAAUAGGAAGUGUAACUGCUUUUCCAGCUUUCGGUUUCCAUUGGGCAUGUGUUACUACCAACAACGAGAGUCUACACUUAAAGACCCUUAAUUUGAUGCAGUUUUCAAAGAGUGAUUUUCUUUCUUUUGGUAUUUAUAUGGUUUAAAGACUGCCUAGAAUGUGAGCACUGUGCUGUAGAAAGGAAACUGCACAUGCAGAUUCAGUGUUGUGUAUCUUUGGACAACUUGAUGGACAUUUAAAAUGGAACAUGAACCCAACGGGAUCAACUACAGUGCCCUGUGUUUUCCCUCUUCUUUUUUGCCAAUAAAGUUGUAAAUAAAGAACAUCAUACAUUAAAACCUAAA